AUGAAGUGGAGCGUCCGCGGGGCCUGCGCCGCGCUCUCCUCCUGCCUCCUGCUCGCCUGCGCGCUCAGCGCCGCCGCCGUCGGCCUCAAGUGCUUCUCGCUGGGCUCGGAGCUGCGCGGGGAGCCGUUCCGGCUGGGGGCGGCCGCCGGCGCCUUCUACUCGGGGCUGCUGCUGGCCGCCGGCCUCUCGCUGCUCGGCGCCGCCCUGCUCUGCUGCGGGCCCCGGGACGCGCCCCUCGCGGGGCCGGGGCCGGGCCCGGGGCUUGGGGUCCCUGCGGCCCAGGCAGGGGCUCCAGAGGCUGCGCCGGGAGAGCCGGGGGCCGCAGCCGGGCCCUCAGGGCCAGUGAACAGCCAGAACCUGCUCCUGCUCGGCGUUCUCGUCUUCAUGCUCGGGGUCCUCAGCGCCUUCGCGGGCGCCGUGAUCGACGGCGACACCGUGUCCCUAGUAGAACGCAAGCGGCGGCUGCAGCCGCGGCCGAGCGAGGCUUCCAUCCUGUCCCCGGAGGAGUCGGACUUCGCCGCCCCGGGGGACUGCGCGGGCUUCGCGGCGCACCACGCAGUCUCCUACAUCAACGUGGGCGUCCUCCACGCGUUCGACGAGGCGGGUGUGGAGGUGUGCUGCGGGGGGCACCCGUCGGUGGAGCUGCCGGGGUACGCGCCCUCGGAUCCCGACCUCAACGCCUCCUACCCCUACUGCUGCCGGCCGCCCUGCGAGGCGGGGCGCCCGUGGGAGCCAAGCCGGGCCUGCUGAGUCCCCGGGCCCACCCCAGACGGACCGCGCUCGAGCCCGCGCGCGCCGCCCCGCCCGGCCACCGCAGCGAGGGACGCCCUGGGCUUUGCACCUUCAGGGGCGGACCGGCCUCGCGUCGCCGAGGGCUCCUCGCCGCGAGACCGGUCCUUCACUAUUAUCAUUUCUGUGUCUGGGAGGUUUCUCUUCUUUUCUGUGUCUGUUCGUAUCCGGAUUCCAUUUUAAAGUUUACAAUAAAUGUUUUGGGGUUGCCUCGCCCCCAUCGCACUUCUCUUUGGCAAGUCCGGUCCAGGGUGAGAGAGUUCAGAGAGCGAGGGUGACUUCGCGGGAGGAACCCUCGCUGAGAGGACAGAAAGACAGAGCAGCUGGUACUUUAGGGUUGGCAGAAGCGGAAAAGCACCCAGCAGCAACACUUUGUACACGGAUGUGCCUGCUUUUGUUGAUACUUUCUUACUGUAAAGCUCUCCAUAAACAGUGAAAAUGUUUGGUAAAUUUAUUGCAAUUUAAAAUUGGUUAGUUCCUUUGUUAAAUUAAUUGCUAUGUUAUUGGAGAUAUUCAUCAAAUUGGAGUUAGGGGGUGUCGACACACGAAUCAGUUUGGGGCAAAUGGUUGAAGUUGGUCAAAUGUUGAAUUUGAACAGUUGUAUUCUGCUAGGUGGUUGACUCCAUCCAACCUCUUCCUAAAGCUAACUUUCAGACAUUUCUUUUUUUGGAAACUGGCAGUGGGGUUUCUACUGCAAAGCUGAGCUUAUUUUUGGUUAACAUAUAUGAACAAUCCAAUCCUAUUUUGGAAAAUCACAGUCAUAGUUUUUCUGGCAAAGAUUAUUUUCCUGUUAAUUAAUUCAUUAAUCUGGUAAUUUUGCAUAUUAUAGCAUUUCAUUUAAAAAUACACCCCUUAAAUAGCCUUAAUUGAUGUGAAGGUCAUACUUUUAUAUCCUUAGGGUAUACGUAUGUGUGCAUACUUACACACACGAUAUGAAAUGCAUUCUAGGUGACAGCAAAACGUGUUUCCAUCCAGUCUGGUGGGCUGGCUGGGAGCCAGGCUGGCUCAGAGUCUUGGGGAAAAGGUAAUUCAACUGUACGUGCUGGAAUUGUGGCGCCAGACAGGAAUGCCGAUAAUUCUUAAGGUGCUUGGAGCAGAGCCCCACCCUGGCCUGAAGAGUGUGUGUCUCCUGCGAAGGGAGGUGUGGACCCACCCAGUGCUCUGCCAGGGGGUGAGCACCACA